GAGAAGGACGAUAAAAAGUAGAAGACGUCGGCUUGAGAGAGAGAGAGAAGUAGAAGUGACGACGCAAAACAAAAACAAAAGAAAAAGGUGAAAACCGUCGGCUUGAGUUGAGAGAAGGCAACUUUGGGGUUAUUUGGUGCUGGUGGUGACUCUUUGAGAGCCUUCUUUGUUUUUGGUUAAAAAGCGCUUUUUUCAUCACACCUCCUCUAAUCAAAAAAAAGAUCGGAAGCUACAAUUCUCUCUAUCUGAAAGAGUUGUGUUCGGUGGUUGGGUUUUUCAUUUUUGAGAAGCGGGAUUUGGUGAUCGGAGCUGGGGUUUUUAGGCGGUUAUCAAGAAGUCAGAAAGAGAGAGAGAAGUCAACGACGGAUAUGCCGGAGGAAGAGUCGAUAGAUAUCAAAUUCAGGUUGUACGAUGGCUCUGACAUCGGACCUUUUCGGUAUUCCGCAGCGUCUACUGUUGAUUUUUUGAAGCAGAGGGUCGUCUCCGAUUGGCCCAAAGGCAAAACAGUUGUUCCAAAGGGUAUAAACGAAGUGAAGCUGAUCAGCUCAGGUAAGAUCUUGGAGAACACUAAGACUGUUGGACAGUGUAAGACACCAUUUGGAGAUAUUGCUGGUGGAGUCAUUGUGAUGCAUGUUGUUGUACAGCCCUCUCUUGCUAAAUCCAAAACAGAGAAGAAGGUUGAUAAAGCACCCAAGACGGUAAUCUGCACAUGCACCAUUUUGUGAAGGGAGCAAGACAUGUAUCAUACACACGCAGUCUCAAUUCUUCCGGUACAGAAGAAACCAAAAACAAAAGAAAGCUAAAAAAAAAAGUAAAAGUAAAGCUUCCCUUUAAAGCUGUGGAGUUUUUUUUUUUCUAUCUUUGAAUGUGUAGAAAGAAAAUGAACUAAAUUCUUUUCAAGGUACCUCUUGUUUCUUAUUUGUUUUUGUCCUUACUGUCCCAAUGUACUGAAGUUGUAUAGGUUACUACUAUAUUAGGUCGAUUACGCGUGAUGAAGAUUUAUUA